ACUGACCAGCUGAUAGAACUAGGAGUCUUGUGCAUGUGAGUUCAUCUGCGCAAGAAAAUUCAUACACUGAAGUCUUUAGCAUCAAAGUUAAACGUCUGAUUAUAGUUUCAGAAAGUUAAAAGCGUUGCAAAAAUGCCUCGAAAGCAGACAAAACAGCACUCAAGAAAACGCCUUUGGUUCAACGUUGUGGAGUUUGAUAAAGAAACAGGUCGGCCACUUUGGCGAAAUAAGAAGCCUAAACUCGAGAAUGCUCUUCCACCUUGCAUUACAGACCCCAAAUUCACAGCACUGGUUGAGAAAUUGAGAAAAGAAACUGCAGAAAGCGUGAGAAACAACGAGAGCACGAGUUGGUCUCCAUAUUCACCUACAUGGACGCUUCAUAAGUAUAGUUUGAAUCCGAGAGGAAGUAGCGAAGUUGAGAAAACAUCUACUAGUUCGUUACAAAGUAACAGCUUCGAGAAAGUAGGUUACGAAGAAGAAGGCUCUCCAAAAUUGGUCAUGCAGUUUCAACACUUCUCUCCAUUGGCUUGGUCUGAAUCUAUAGAUAAGAGUGAACAACAGAAACGACAUAUCCAAGACCUUCUAAAGAUGAAGUCCGGCCAAGCUCCUUUUCAACCUUCCCAUGACGAUCAGAACCACAUGACUAGAGGUAAUGCCAUCAAGAGGGAUGUCACAGGUUUAUGUGGAAUUACGAGUAACUGUGCGAUGCCAAGCGAAUGGAGGAUGGAUAACACUGUAAGGUUACAUCACAUAGACCUCGAAAGCUCGCCAAAUUAUGGAUUGACUGUCAACCAACAAGUUCCUUUAACAAUUUACUAAAAAAAACGCUUUGAAUCCUUACUUUAAAAUGUUAAUGAAGCAUGUAUAUAUUUCGUUACAUGUACACUGUACAUAUGUAGGUAUAGAAAAUGCUAUCUUACAUUGUAUAUUUUGUAAGAAACUACAAUUUUAAGGAAAAUUUACAUCCCACUUUUUAGACGAAAAAAAGCUAAAAAUAUUUCAAUGUUUCAAAAAACAUUUCUUUCGAGAAAUCAGUGCCAUUGGUUGCUUUUAAAAUGCAAUGAAAAUGCAAAUGAGAUGUCAAUAUAUUGAAAGACAAUAAAUUUUGCUAUUUAGAGCUAUUUUUAUAUUUUAUACUAAAAAUGGUACUAGAUUAGAAAUUAUUUGUUAAUAUAAAUAGAUACCUGCACAAAAUAAGUUAAUUUUGUACAUAAAAUUUGUAA